CAACCCAAUUGGCUGAGGACGAUCCUGCAUCUGCGUCCCGUUACCAUAGACCUGUCCCCGCACCCUCCCGCCGUCGCAGGUUUUGCCCCGAUUUCCCCCGGCCGGCCCAGAUAGUUGCCCACACGCUGCGGGGGGGCCUGCGGGCAACAGCUGAUCGCAUCGCCCCUUGCAGACUCUGGAUCGUAGGGCGCCAGGGCAGAGCGGGACACCAUGGCCGACAUCGACGCUGGCUCGCCCGGCAUGUACGCCAGUCUGGAGGGUGACCUGAAUGGAUUCGACUUUGGGGAUGCUAGGGUGGACGACAACAGCCUUCUGGAGGGGAUGAUGGAUGGUGGACUUGCGAGCUCGGAGUCUCCCCCUGCCCCAACUACCGCGGGGCCGUCCGGAACAGGCGGGAAUAUCGCUCCCGCUGUGACCGCGGGUAGGAGGGAUGCCGGGAAUGGGAAAGCUAGGAGAAGUGGGACUUCGUCGGGCUCGCCUACGGCUGUCACCACCUCCUCUUCUCAACAGCAGCCCGCCUUCUUCAACCCGGCCGCUGCUUCGCAAUGGUUCUUUCAGGACACCCCCCCGUGUGAUUCGCCCACUACCGGCGAGAACCCGCUCGGUGCUGUGCCGCAGCAGCAACAGUUUGAACUCCCGUUCCACUUGAACCAAUCUCUUCUCCAACAACAGCUAUCUCCGCAUUUUCAGUCCUCCGCUGCUCCUUCCAACGCGCCGGCUCUUGCGCCGGUGACCACCACACCGGCCAAUGCCGGUCAAGCCUCCGUCUCGACGGCAAACGCACCAUCCAUCAAGACUGAGAACCUUCGCAACAUACAGAACACGCUCACGCCUGCGCAGCGUGAGCGGCUGAAGACCAUUGCGAUGCCACCACACCUCCAAUACCGCUCUCCCCAGAGUGCCGCUGGCAGUCCGGAGUCGGCCUCGAGCGGCCAAGAAAAGGGCGCCGCGUCAUCCCCGGACGCCGUUGAGCCGUCCAAGAGCAGCAGCAGGAAACGAAAGUCGUCAGCCGAUGUGGACGACGACGACGAUGACGACGACGAGCUGGAGCAGCCUGUCAAGAAGACGGCACAUAACAUGAUUGAAAAACGAUAUAGGACCAAUCUCAACGACAAGAUAGCAGCUCUGCGAGACAGUGUCCCGUCACUACGGAUCAUGUGCAAGAGCGCGCGGGGAGAAGACACGACCGAGGACAGGGAGGAGCUGCAUGGCUUGACGCCGGCACACAAGCUCAACAAGGCGACGGUCCUGAGCAAGGCAACCGAAUAUAUCAGACAUCUGGAAAAACGAAAUAACCGCCUUAUCGAAGAGAACAACAGCAUGCAGGCGAGGAUUGCCGCGUUUGAGAAGCUGUUCAUGGCCGGUGCCAUGACCGGCAUCCCGAAUCCGCUCCAGGUGCAACCACCCACUUCAGCACAAUACCCCCAGGACGCUGCACCCUUCUUGAGUACGCCCAUGGCGACACCUCGCGGUGGAGACGUGCAAGGCGUAAUUCCCGUGCCAGACGAUAUCAAGCGCAUCCUAGCAAUGCAGCAGAUGAAUGCCGGCGCCCCGUACCCGGUGCCGCCUGCUCAGCCUUUUGGACAGACUCCUGCAAUCGUACGGCAACAGCAAAUCCAACAACAACAACAACAACAACAGCAACAGCAAGCUCAGGCAGGCCGGUGGAACCCCUACCUCGGAAAGCUCAUGGUGGGCUCUCUAGCCGGCCUGAUGCUGGUCGAAGCCCUUGUCGAAAGCGAGGAGAGCAACGAGACGACCGAAGGCCGUGGUCUUGGCUCGUUGUCGAUGUACUAUCUCUCCGCAUUUGUCCGAUCUACUCACUUCAGCAUUGGAGGCUAUUACGUUUCGGCCGUUGACUUGAUUGCGAAGCUACGGCUGUUAUCCCUAUUGGGCUUGUGCUUGUGGCUGGUUUACUCCUCUUUUGUUGACACGUCCUUCUUCCGGCCGUCCAAAAAGUCGCCACGCACAGUUUCGCCUGUCGAAGCAGUGCCGUCUCUCGCGUCGCCGAUCCACGUGAGGAGACAGGCCUGGCUCACCGCAAUCCAGACCGUUUGGGUGCCGAGACACAACUUCCUGCUCGAGGCCGCGGCCCUGCUGCUCAAGACGGUCAAGUACACAUUGAGGAACGUGAUUGGCCCUCACGGCUACCUCGCGCUUGCGGGGCUCAGCGAGGAGCAAGAGGCCGCCCGGAUCAAGGCUUGGUCUAUCGCUUUGGACGCCCAGCUCGCUGGCGGCGAUGCGGAGAUCAACAAGAGCCGUCUCACAUUGACCCUGAUCGCCUCGGGCACCCUCCCAGACACCCCUCUGCGGCUCAUGCUCAAGGCGCUGCACAUCCGGGUUCUUCUCUGGCGCCUCAACGGUGCCUCCUGGGUUGCGAAUCCGAUCGCUGCCCAGCUGGCUAGGGCGAAGUGGAACGAAGCGAGACAGCUGAACCGGAUCGUGAACUCCCUCCCCGAGGGCGAUGCCUCCACCGACGACGCCCUUCCCGACCAUCUCGCCGCGUUACUCGAGCAGGACUGCGACGAAGUACUCAACGACGACAUCAUCCAGCGCGCUCACAACCUCGCCUGGAACCAGCCGACCACCUAUAACGUGGCCGACAAGAUCGACGGCAUGGACACCGUCGUCGACGACGCCGCCGUGCGCUCGCCCAUGGACGCCGUUGCCGCGUGGUACUCCAACCUGGUCCUGCACCGCGUGCUCGUCAACAGCCUGCGCAAGUCGCGCGACGAUCCCGCCGUGGCCCCCGGCUCCGCCGCAGCAGAUGACAUCGCCCUCGCCGUCAAGGUCGCGCCCAUCGGUUCCAACGCGCAGAUCCGUGCCCUCGUCGCCCGCGCCGUCCUUGCGGACGGCAAGCGCGGCUCAUACAUCGGCACCGCCCUCCACGCCAUCAGCCCGGACAAGCACCACCAGCUCCUCCACAGCCCGCAGUACACCAUCACUUCCAACCCCAACAACCACAGCAGCAGCAGCAAGGCUGCCGUGACCAUCCCCCCGCUCACGGCCGUCGUCGCGGACCCGGACGCUCAAAUGGCGCUGCGCUGCGCCAUGGGCAUCGCCCAGCUGCAGAGGUUCGACGCGCCGCCGCGCGCCGCUUACGCCGUCAUCAACUCGAUUCUGCCCGCCGGCGCCGACCUCGACGCCAUGUCGCUGCUCGGCUAUGCCGCCGCCUUCUUCCUGAUGGAGCACCUGUGCCGGCACCCCGUCGCGCGCGAGGCGUGCGCGCCCACGCUCGAGCGCCUGGCCGGCAGCCUGCGGAUCUGGAUCGGGAGCGAGAGCGGCGCGGGCGCGGAGAGGGCGGGCGUUGACGACAGGCUGCGGCAGAGAUUGGUUGCGCGGUGCCUGGGGGUUACAAAGAGCGUCGUCGGCAUGGACGUCGAUCCGGGGUAUGGGAGUAUGGAAGAGGACUGCGAGAUUGGACCGGACGCGCAGGGGGACGCGGUUGGCGGGUGUUGAAGGGCCUGUCUUGCCUGCCUGUUUUUUUGCUUUGCUAGUUAGUUAGCCUAUAGACGGCGGAGCUGGUUCUGUUUCCUCCCAGUCUCCUCUCUCUCCCCCGUUCAAUUUCACACGGC